AUGUACGGCAUAACGCUGACCAAGUGCAAAAUCUAUUUCAACAAUAUCUACUCGACGGUGUCGCUGGAGGAAAAACUGGGCGGAGGGACCUACGGAGAUGUAUACAAAGGGAAGGUAAUCAAAUAUAACAAUAACAACAAUAAUGACCUCUACCAGAACACAAAUUAUCUGCCAUACGAUUACUACACAGACGAGUUCGUGUUCUUUAGGAAAAAUAUUUAUGCGAUAAAAUUUUUCCGUGAUGACUUGAAAACGAUAAAUGAAGAAGGGAUUAGCUGCACAACUUUGAGAGAACUCAGCUGUUUGAAGAACAUCGGAAGGCAUCCAAAUAUUUUAAGACUCAUAGAUGUCACAAUAGAUAGACAGAAAUGCAUCAGCGAAUACAUCAAUCGUCAGAUAUUACAACACCAUGCAUCAAAUUUUCAGCACUCAGCAAAACUGGAUAUGACUCCUCUAGCAGCGGACCAAAAAUUUAUCUUCGCUGCGUAUGAGUACUGUGAUGCUGGAGAUUUGAAGAGGCUUAUUCAGAAGACCAAAAUUACUGAUGACCAGGCGGGCCUAAGCUUGAAGGAAGCUAAGUGGUUAUCCUUCCAGCUGUUAAAUGGACUUGCAUAUCUACAUAAUAACAAAAUGUGCCAUAGAGAUUUGAAGCCUGAAAAUGUGAUGCUGCAACAGACACCGAAUCGGAAAUUUUUACUUAAGAUUGGUGACUUAGGCUUGUGCAGGGAGUUAAAAAAUGACGGGGACAUGACUCCCACUGUGUGCACCAUUUAUUACCGCCCUUUGGAGGUGCUGCUUUCCAAGUUUGAGAUGGCUAAGGGGAAGAAGGGGCGCGCCAAGGCCAGGGGCAAGGUCAAGCCCCCGGCGAAUGGGGUGCCCGCGUCUGCCAAUCGGUCUCACGGGAAUCAGCCUUAUGCGAAUCAGCCUCACGGGAAUCAGCCUUAUGCGAAUCAGCCUCACGCGAAUCAACCUCACGCGAAUCAACCUCAUGCCAAUCAACCUCAUUCGAAUCAACCUCACUCGAAUCAACCUCAUGCGAGCGCUCCCCACUCGAGCGCGCCGUACCCCUCGCGCGCCCCCUCCACCAGGGGCAUCGACAGCAGCGGAAACAGCAGGGCCCACACGGCCAGCGCUGCGUGCACCACGGACAGGGGCAGCGGCGGGAGCGGAAGUGGAAACAAAAGUGGAAGCAGAAGUGGAAGCAAAGGUGGCCAGGGAAACCAAAACCAAAACAAUAGGAACAAGAAGAACAAGCAUCGGGAAAAGACGGCGCAUCGGGAAAAGGCGGCAGAGAGGGACAAGCCGACGGAGCGGGAGAGGGAGCGGGAGCGGGCGCGCCUCAGGGGAAUCGAAGAAGACGACUACUACAACAACAAAGACUUCCAAUACGGACUUAAUGUAGAUAUAUGGUCAGCAGCCUGCAUCAUCUGCGAACUGAUUAUAGGAAGGCCAUUAUUCAGAGGCGUAACAGAAUUUGAUCUGAUCAUACGAAUCGUUAAUUCCUUGGGGAAACCAAACAAUGACGAAUUGGAAUUUUUUAGUGAUUCUAGAUUCUAUCCUCUCAAGGAAGACUUCUUCAAUGUUAAUAUAAAAAACAAAAAGGAUGCACUCAACGUUAUAACGAAUGGAAGGAUAGAUGAGUUAGGUAUAGAUCUACUCGUGAAAAUGUUGAAAUAUAAUCCAAAUGAUAGAAUUACUGCAGCAGAUGCAUUAUCACACCCAUGGUUUUCAGACAUACGUUUUGAUAACCUUGAUGGAAUUGGAGUCUAUAACUGGUAUGUACAUUGCUUAAAAUACUAUAUAGGGAUAAAAACUUUUAGAGAAAUAGAACAGAAAAAAAAAAAUCUCCUUACUACCACCAUGAUAUCUCAUUUUUUAUGUAAGUCUAAUGAUAGACAUGCGAAAAUAAUUUUCAAGCUUAUUAAUGAUACCUUUAAAAAUUUGGGAGGAUAUAAAAAAAGUGGAAGAAGAUCCUUUGCUAUUUUUUCUGAUAAGUAUGCCAAAGAUGAUAAGAAUGCUAAUGGGUUUAUUAAACGAGCUAGUAUUAAAGUGUUGAAUGAUAUGAAGGAAAAGAACGUUAUCGAGACAAAGGAAGAGAUGUCGUUUUAUGAUGACAGCACCAACUAUAUGACUCCUGCUUCUACUUCUUCUAAGAGAAGGAAAUUCAACCGAUCUAGGGCGGCACAACACAACAUGAGGCUGCGGCUGAGGCUGCGGCUGAGGCUGCGGCUGAGACUGCGGCUGAGGCUGCGGCUGAGGCUGAGACUGAGACUGUGA